UGUGUUGUCUAAAAUUGUGACAAAAACGCAAAAUAUCUAAAUAAAAAUAAAUAAAUAAGAAAAUGUCCAAUCCAAAGAUGGUUUCAAAUGCACAAAGGAAAAACAAAAUAAAAUCGGCAGAAUUAGAGGCUGACUUGGACCGAUUGGAAAAAGAGAGGAAAGGGGAAAUUAGAAAUUACAACACUAUAAAACAACGAUUUAAAGCUAAGCAUGCAAAACUCGAUUAUUAUGCGGGAAAAGCUGAAGAUAUUCCCGAAGUUAGAAUGUACGAAACACAUAAUCCAGGUUUUUGUUAUAAACGAAAUGGAGAAUGUAGGAUACCACAAAUGUCAAUAUCUGCGCCUGUAGUCGACUAUCAGGAACUGCAUAACAUGCUGUUUACCAAUGACGAUUUGGAUAUCGAAAAAGUUCUCUGUCUACAUCUGCUGACUGCUCAUAGAUUUGAAAUGUUGGCACCCGUUGUCAAACCAGUAGGUUACGUUUCAAAAGACCAGUGUCCUUUGGAACGUUUGCUGGAACGUUCCAAGAGGAGGAAACCGGAGAAUCGUAUGGUCAAAAUGUUACCCCUUUAUGUCUUAGAUGUACAACCUGAAGAUCAACCUCCCAAGAGGAAGCCAAAAACUGAUGUGAAGGUCCAAAUAAACGAUGACAGACUAAACGGUAGGAUCCUCAUAAACGAAAAGAUUCAAACCAUUAUUACAACGGUACUGACGGCUUUGAACAGUUCUAGUCCAUCUAAACUUAAAACGUUGGUAACAACUGCAGAAAAUCCUAAAGAUCUCGAAAAGGUUUUGGAAAAGUCAGAAUGUCAAAUGUUCAUACGAGAUCUACAGCAUCAAACCAUAGUCACUAGCUGCGAAUCCUUUUAUUUAAUCCAGUCGUCCAAGAUCAUGGUCCACGAUCUAAAAGUAUCCUCAAACUUAAAAAUAUUAGAAACAGUCCUCGAUAGCAUCAGGUUCAACGUCCUGCAAUAUCCGACAAAAAAACAGACCACCAGAAGGACGAGCGAAGACAUAGACGGGUCAUCAAUCCCUUAUGCCAAAUCCACCAAAAGCACUCACAGUUCUUACGUCAGUAUUCCUAUGAGUGCAACGGCGUCUGUAGCAGGAAAAUUUUUGGCUUCGACUAGUAAAAAGGAUACUUCCGAAACGAAUACGUUUAUCGUUGAAAAAUUGAUUUCUACAGCAAGUUCUUCGAAGGACGUUCGAAAGAAACUUUCUAGGGAAAUAAGUAUCGUCAAGCCACUGAACAAGCUUCCAGAAUAUGAAGAUGAAAUCAGCUCAAUUGCUUCUGUUGAAGUACUCAAUAAGGACAAUACGAAAGGAAACAUAUCUCUGAAGGAAGCAAAGGUCCUGGUGGAUAUUGACUAUGAUUUAUUAGCGGAUUUGCUAAGCAAGAAAACUAACAGAGCCAUCCAACGCGACCUAGCGAAGUUAAAAGAGAAAAUCGAAGAACACGAAUGCGAGAAAAGUUGCGAAACUCAGUCAGAUUCCAUUUCCGGAGGAAGUAUUCUUGAACAUGCGCGAGUGUCCAUUCGUCGAUUGAACUGUCCCGCGUGUUUACUGAAGUGGAAAAACCCGUAUCCAAUCCCAAAAACUCCCAAAAGGAUCAGCAUUCCCCAAUUGGACCAGAAUAACUAUAAAUCGAUCAGAACUGAUAGCAUGCACAUUAUCUCCACGAUUAUCGAUCGAGAAUUGUUGAAAUUGGAGGCGGAUCGGGAAAAUGAGAAGAAAAGGAAAACAUUGACGAGCAGUCCCGUGGAAGAGGAAAGAAAAUUCAGCAGGGCCGUUUUGGAAACGGUCAACUUAAAUGCGAUCGAUCUGGCCAAAAUUAAUCAAGAGAUCCGAGAAAGAGAGACCCAGAGCAAGUUGGAGAAGUUCCUCAAAGGUGAACAACUUGAAUAUUAAGCAUUGUAAAUGAACAGUAAUAGAUAUAAACCAAAUAACUCACAA